AUGUUGCGGCGUAUUGGCAUCGCCCUGCGCGUCGUGCUGGUCUUGGUGCUCCUGAGCUGCGUUGCGCAGCCCGUCUUCUUCUCGACCGCGAGCGCCAUCGAGCCCGUCUUCGUGUUCCCGCUUCUCCUCGUGACACUCGUCUUUAGCUGCCGCGAAUGUGUUCCUGUCGCGUGCCAAGCCGUCCAAGACGCGUACAAACCUCCUUCGCACCCGCCCUUCCGCGAUCGGCCCGAACUCUACUACGUGUGAUUUUUCUCGGUUAAAAUACUCCUUGGUUAUGGGUUUGCCCUGCACCA